AUGUUGAAAGCGCAUAAACAGCAAGAACUCCAUUGUAUGAUUGUUGAGAUUUUGUGGAGGAACCCAGCGUUAAAGUACUACCAGGGAUUCCAUGACAUUUGCACUUGCUUCUUGCUCGUUCUCGGUAAAAAGGCCGCUAUACCAGCUGCAGAAAACGUCGCCUUGUUCUUUAUCCGAGACGCCAUGUUGGAUUCAUUUGAUCCAGUGUCGAAACAACUACGGCUGAUGAGUUCGUUGAUAGAGUACGAAGAUGCUGAACUCUCGUUAUUUUUGGAAAAGGCCAACAUCAUGCCUUAUUAUGCGUUGAGCUGGAUUUUGACUUGGUUCAGCCAUGAUUUUGAAGCAUAUGAAAAGGUAGUGCGGCUCUUUGAUUUGUUUAUCUCUAGUCAAGCCAUCAUGCCCGUGUAUAUAGCGAGUGCUAUUACAUUAUUACGUAGAAAUGAGAUAUUGAAGGCUGAGAAGGACCUAGUGCAUUCACUGAUUACACGGAUCCCGCAAGACAUGGAUAUUGAACUGAUCAUACAGAAAGCUGCCUUGUUGGAAGAGAAAUAUUCAGUGCUACAACUACAGAAACAGAGUGGCUUAUGGCUACAUGACGAAUCCGUGAUAAACACAUGGGAGAGAGAUUGGGGAAGGCUAAAAUGGGGUCAAGUACCAGAUCAACUGCAGGCGAAUAGGUAUCUCAGUCAUCAAGUCGAGAAGGAAGAAUGGGAGGACGAAAUGCUGAUGGAAUGGACACGGAGGAAGAGGGAAUUAAUAGAGGACGAUGACGAUGUCAUGUUUUAG